AUGCGCCCCGUUGCCCGGAUAGCUCAGUCGGUAGAGCAGGGGAUUGAAAAUCCCCGUGUCCUUGGUUCGAUUCCGAGUCCGGGCACCAAAUUCAUAUCAACGGACCUCCACGGAGGUCCGUUUUUCGUUUCAGAACACCAUGAUUUAAGCGUUCUGCCUCCAAAUCAAUUCUCCCGAACUCAACCAGAUUCUCCCCACAUCAAC